AUAUUGCUACGUAAGCCCACGUUUGGCGUGACGUAGCAUUUCGUACAUUCAUCGACAUAAGUGAACUGGUACGAAAAUUUCUCGGUGAAAUCGACCGACAGUACACGGUAAAAUAGCCGUGGAAGAACAUUAUUAUCCGAAGUUGCACAACCAAACCGUCAAGAUAACUCCGCUAAGUGAACUAGGCUUUGAUUUCGGCGAAAUCACGGAAAUCUCCGGCUUCAAAUUCCACGACGAACUCUCACCAUGCCAGUCGAACGUAAAAGCAGCAAUGGAUUCUCCGGCGAACUUUUACGAUUCUGAGGUGGACGACACCAAACCAAAGAGUAAUAAUUCCGUGUUUCUCUUCGACGAAACGGUAUUGGCAGAUUACAGCGACAUCUAUCGCAACGAGGGCUCGAUCGAUUUCAGUUUAUACCUUCAAGGCACCGCUGCCGCCAACUCGCCAUCGACUACGGUGAAGAACGACGACAUCUACAAUGAAUUAGAUUUUCUACCCGCUUCGUGCAACCCGGCUUUGACAAUAACCCCGACACCAACCGACAGCACGCUUCCAGAGCUCAUAGAAGUAAAUCAGAUUGAGUCCAAAACGUCAAAGGAAGAUACCGAAUACAUGUCUCAGAUUGGCGAAAACAGAGCACCGCCGACAAGCGUCAAGACCGAGGCACAAGAGCCGGAGAAAAUCGUCGUCACGAUCAAGACAGAAAAGGACGCCAGUUCUCCAUCUGUGUGUCAACACACCUACUCAACCUCCACACCUGAAACUCGAAAUCGUCUGAAGUCCGCCCCAGCUAGCAAAUCUCUCAAGGGAAAGCGUACGAUCGACAAGAACAGCGAAGAGUACAGACAUCGUCGCGAGAAGAACAACGUUGCAGUUAGGAGAUCACGUGAAAAGAGCAAGGUCAAGCAGAAAGAAGUCCAAAACAAAGUUUCACAACUGCAAGACGAAAACGAUAAACUACAGAAGAAGGUUGAACUUUUGACGAAAGAACUGACAGUUCUGAAAUCACUUUUCACUAAUGUUGGAGUUACCCCUCCUGUCCUCAGUGGGUCAGACUCAAUGUAGUAACCUCUGUAGCAGUCGUAAUUUUACCCUUGUUGGAUUAACGGAGAUAAUGAGAUCAUGCAUUUCAAAUUAUGUAUUAAAAUUGUGUCCCUGGCAACCACAUUUAUUAUCAUGUCAGAACACAGUUUAUUUUCAAUAUAGACAUGUUAUAUCUAGAGCAGUUUUUAAGUAUCUAUUGUUUUUUAAAGCUAGUGAUGUUAGGUUAGAAACAUUGUAUAUUCAGUAUCAUGGUGUGAUAUUAAAUUAUCAGUCAUAAUGGUAUAA